AAUGUGAGAGUGACUGGGAGGGGAUGUAGAAAGUGAGGAAGGAUGAUGUGGGAAUCCUGUAAUGAUCUAAAUGAAAAGCUGUGAGAGAGGAGGGGGGAGGGAGAGAUCGCAUUGUCAGGCAGCGUCGGUGUGUGCCUAUAAGCAUGCAGCUGUGUCUGUGAGUCGCACUGUGCCAUGAGGGUACUGAGCCUCUGCCCUCUCCCAUGGACGCUGUGUGUGCUGACACUCAUGUGUAGCCAGUGCCCGAGACAAGGAUGGAGCCAGCAGCAGCAGCAACAGGGACACAUUGAGGACGAGGGUGGUUUCCUUGUGCCCAUGAACUCUUCCGCCCGCUUUCUGUCUAACUUGGAAGCGGACUUGGGCAAUGGGGAGGAGAGCAGCACUGACAAGAGCCCGGGGGCUAUGGGGGGAAUCCAAGCAGAAGAGCCCAGGGGUCUCCCAUCCUCCCCCACCCCCGGGAACACCUGGGAGCGCAGCGGAGACAGCCUGACUCUCUCUCCAUCCCAUAAAGCCCAGCAGCAGCAGCAGUCCGGGUCGGCUCAGUGUAACAUGACGGUGCAGAGACUGCUGCUCACCUCUCUGCUAGUGCGCUGGGGACGCCAACUGGGCUUCCAGUGCGACUUGUUGCUCUUUUCUACCAACAACCACGGAAGGGCUUUCUUUGCAGCCGCCUACAACCGUGUGGCGUCCCCCGUGGUCAUUGAGCACUUGGGUGUGUCCGGGGCACAGGAGUUUCGCCUUUGCUUGGGCUGCGGGUGGGGGGCUCGGGGCAGAAGGAGCGGACACCUGAGACACUCACAAGCCUCCAACGCCUUCUCUUUCAUCUCGGCUGACCAGCACAGCCCAUUGCAAGGGGAAUCGCUGAAUUUCUGCUGCCUGGAUUUCACUUUGGAGGAACUGAGAGGGGAGCAGGGCUGGAGAAUGAACCGCAAGCCCAUCGAAUCCACUCUGGUAGCUUGUUUCAUGACUCUCGUCAUUAUCGUAUGGAGCGUAGCUGCCCUCAUCUGGCCCGUCCCCAUCAUUGCAGGCUUCUUGCCCAACGGCAUGGAGCAGAGGAGGAGCAGCAGCAAGUAGACUUUCCUUCCCAAAUCUCACAUAUCCAGCUGUUGUUCUGUGCGGGGAAACAUUCCCAUUAUUCACUUGUUUUUCAGGACAAUAUAAAAGCCAAUGUGAAAUACACUUAUUUAGAUUUGUUUACUUUUAGGAACAAAAAUAUAUAAAUAUAGUUUAAAGGGUGGUUCACCUUUAAGCCAACUUGUAAAUAUGUUAUAGAAUGGCCAAUUCUUUUCGCUACUUUUCAAUUGGACUCUUUCCAGCUUUCAAA